UUGCUGAGAUAAACGAGAAGACGAGAACAACAAUUUCAGAGUUGCUCCGAUUUCCUCAUCGUGGGGCACCAUCAAUUGAGUUAACAAUCUUUGUUCCAUUUCGGCAUGAAACCCUAAUUCACUCGCUUCUCGAUCUCGUUAGAGCAAUCUUUCCACGCUCGUCUUCGCGCUCCAUCUGUACAAGAAGAUCCGUCACGAGCGUUGGUUAUACGAUGGAUGGGAACAAGGACGACGCGUUGAAAUGUUUAAGAAUCGGCAAAGAGGCGAUGGAAAGCGGCGAUCGGUCACGCGCUUUGAAGUUCGUGACGAAGGCGCGUCGCCUCGACCCCACUCUCCCCGUCGACGAUCUAUUGUCCACGAUAGAGGUGGAUGCAGGGGAUCAGGCCCCCGCCGCCGAGGCGGAGGGCCCCACGAAGCCCACUGAUCAACCUUCUAUCCGCCGGAGGGCCACCGGGGCGGCUGCGACCGUCUCGGCCGGGCCCUCGUCGGCCUCGUCCUCUUCGGCCUCGUACACCGAAGAGCAAGUCUCAAUUAUUAGGGAAAUUAAGAGGAAGAAAAACUUUUAUGAGAUAUUGGGAUUGGAGAAGACUUGCACUGUUGAGGAUGUGAGGAAAUCGUACAGGAAACUGUCUCUUAAGGUUCAUCCCGAUAAGAACAAAGCCCCUGGUGCCGAGGAAGCAUUCAAGGCCGUUUCAAAGGCGUUUCAGUGUCUUAGUAAUGAAGAGAGUAAGAGAAAGUAUGAUGUUUCGGGUGAGGAUGAAGCGGUUUACGAGCAGCGUGCGGCAAGGCCGGCGGCCCGAGGUUAUAAUGGUUACUAUGAGGCUGAUAUUGAUGCUGAGGAGAUAUUCAGGAACUUCUUUGGAGGAAUGGCCCCUGCAGCCAAUUUUGGAGGAUUCAGUUUUGGACCAGCUGGUUUCAAUGGGUUCAAUGGUCAUAGGCAUGCUGCUGAUCAUGGUUCUGGUGGUUUUAAUGUUCGCGCUUUAAUUCAGUUGCUGCCUGUGCUGCUGAUUGUGUUAUUGAACUUUUUGCCUUCAUCGGAGCCCUUGUACUCGCUUUCGAAGAGUUAUCCUUAUGAACAUCGGUUUACCACACCCAAGGGUGUUAACUAUUAUGUCAAGUCUACAAACUUUGUUCAGGAGUAUCCGUUGGGGAGUGAUGAACGAUCAAAAAUUGAAGAGAGGGUAGAGAGGGAGUACUUCAGCAUUCUCCGCCAGAAUUGUCAUUUCGAGUUGCAGCGUCGCCAAUGGGGGUAUAUCCGGGAAACACCCCAUUGUGAUAUGUUGCGGAAGUUUGAGGUGGUGAAUUGAUAAGUUGAAUCAAGGUCCUAAUUUUUAAUAUUGUCUUGCCUUUUGUUGUAGAUGCAGUAGCUUUUUCCUGCUUGUGAUAUUAUUAUAGAAUGUACAAUUUAUUUUUCACUCCCAUAUAGUGAAGCAAGUUUACAAUAAGCCAGCCGCUUUGUUGGGAUUGUUAUCUUUCAAAUUUCAUCAAAUAUCUCUAUGAUGGAUCUUCCUUUACUAAAAUCAUUCAUUACAAGAGGCAUGAAUGCAUGGCCUCACUUAUGUACCUAAA